UUCUACUAACUUUCCAAGUAAAAACCUGUAAUUAAGUUGGUGCAAUAACUAAACAUGCACUAUAGUAACCUAUGGUGGAGGACUCAAGGGCUGUUCGGUUCUUUGAUCGGAGGGAUUACUAUACUGCUCAUGGGGAAAACGCGACUUUCAUUGCAAAGACAUAUUACCACACAACUACUGCUUUGCGACAAUUGGGAAAUGGGUUGGACAGUCUCUCCAGUGUAAGUGUCAGCAAAAACAUGUUUGAAACUAUUGCUCGUGAUCUUCUUCUGGAGAGAACAGAUCACACUCUUGAACUCUAUGAGGGUAGUGGCUCUAACUGGAGGCUGGUGAAAAGUGGUACACCUGGUAAUCUAGGCAGUUUUGAAGAUGUUCUAUUUGCCAACAAUGAGAUGCAGGACACGCCUGUUAUCAUUGCUCUAUUUCCAAACUUCCGUGAAAAUGGGUGCACUGUGGGGUUGGGUUAUGUUGACUUAACCAAGAGAGUACUUGGCUUGGCUGAAUUUCUUGAUGAUAGCCAUUUUACAAAUGUUGAGUCAGCUUUGGUUGCUCUUGGUUGCAAGGAAUGCCUUUUGCCCAUGGACAUUGGAAAAUCCAGUGAAUGUCGAACGCUGAAUGAUGCAUUGUCCAGAUGUGGUGUUAUGGUGACUGAAAGAAAGAAAUCUGAGUUUAAAGCAAGGGAUUUGAUGCAGGACCUUGGCAGGCUAGUUAAAGGUUCUGUUGAACCAGUUCGAGACUUAAUUUCAGGAUUUGAAUUUGCUCCUGGUGCUUUGGGAGUAUUACUGUCUUAUGCAGAAUUACUGGCAGAUGAAAGCAACUAUGGUAAUUAUACAAUCCAAAGGUAUAGCCUUGACAGCUACAUGAGGUUAGAUUCUGCUGCUAUGAGGGCACUGAAUGUCCUGGAAAGUAAAACUGAUGCAAACAAAAAUUUUAGUUUGUUUGGUCUUAUGAAUAGAACAUGUACUGCUGGGAUGGGAAAACGAUUACUUCAUAUGUGGCUAAAACAGCCUCUCUUAGAUAUCAAUGAAAUAAACUCAAGGCUGGAUUUGGUGCAAGCAUUUGUGGAGGAUACUGAACUUCGCCAAGAUUUGAGGCAACAUCUGAGGAGAAUUUCAGAUAUUGAACGGCUUAAGCACAAUCUUGAAAAGAGAAGAGUUGGUUUGCAGCAUAUCAUAAAACUUUAUCAGUCAAGUAUAAGACUUCCCUUCAUUAAAAGUGCCUUGGAAAGAUAUGGUGGACAAUUUUUAUCCUUAAUCAAGGGAAGGUAUUUGGAUCUCCUUGAGCAUUUGACUGAUAAUGAUCACUUGUCUAAGUUCAUUGCUCUGGUGGAAACUGCUGUUGAUCUUGAUCAACUUGAAAAUGGCGAGUACAUGAUUUCACCUGGUUAUGAUUCUGCGCUUUCUGCUUUGAAAGAUGAACAAGAGUCACUGGAGCGUCAAAUACACAAUUUGCAUAAACAGACUGCCUUUGACCUUGAUCUACCUAUAGACAAGGCAUUAAAGUUAGAUAAGGGCACACAGUUCGGACAUGUUUUCAGAAUUACAAAGAAGGAAGAGCCAAAAAUUAGGAAAAAGCUUACCACCCAAUUUAUUGUUCUAGAGACCCGGAAGGAUGGAGUGAAAUUCACAAACACUAAGCUUAAGAAAUUAGGGGAUCAAUAUCAAAAGGUAAUUGAGGAAUACAAGAAUUGUCAAAAAGAGCUGGUCAACAGAGUUGUUCAAACCUCAGCUACUUUCUCUGAGGUGUUUGGGUCUCUAGCUGGAUUGCUUUCUGAAUUGGAUGUCUUGCUUAGUUUUGCUGAUUUGGCUUCUAGUUGUCCUACCCCAUAUACAAGACCUGAAAUCACUCCACCGGAUGUGGGAGAUAUUAUAUUAGAAGGGAGCAGACAUCCUUGUGUGGAGGCUCAAGACUGGGUGAAUUUUAUACCAAAUGAUUGUCGACUUGAGAGGGGGAAGAGCUGGUUUCAGAUUAUCACAGGGCCUAAUAUGGGUGGAAAAUCGACAUUUAUCCGGCAGGUUGGUGUUAACAUUUUGAUGGCACAAGUUGGUUCUUUUGUUCCCUGUGAAAAAGCUAGCAUUUCUAUUCGUGACUGUAUUUUUGCUCGUGUUGGUGCUGGUGACUGUCAACUACGUGGAGUUUCCACCUUCAUGCAAGAAAUGCUUGAAACUGCAUCAAUACUUAAAGGAGCUACUAAUAAGUCAUUGAUCAUAAUCGACGAAUUGGGGCGUGGGACUUCAACCUAUGAUGGCUUUGGUUUGGCUUGGGCCAUAUGUGAGCACAUUAUUGAAGAGAUCAAGGCACCAACUUUGUUUGCAACUCACUUCCAUGAACUGACUGCGUUAGGUCAUGAAAAUACUGAUAUUGAGCCCCAGAGAAAACAGAUUACUGGUGUGGCAAACUAUCAUGUUAGUGCUCACAUUGACUCAUCAAAUCGCAAGCUGACAAUGCUGUAUAAGGUUGAACCAGGGGCUUGUGAUCAAAGUUUUGGUAUUCAUGUAGCAGAAUUUGCCAAUUUUCCUGAAAGUGUUGUUGCACUUGCUAGAGAAAAGGCUGCUGAAUUGGAAGAUUUCUCAUCAGCAUCAGUUAUUUCAAAUGAUGCUAGAGAAGAGGUGGGUUCCAAGAGGAAGAAAGAGGGUGAACUGGAUGACAUGUCAAGGGGUGCUGCCAGGGCUCACAAAUUUUUGAAGGAGUUUACUGAUAUUCCAUUAGAGUCAAUGGACCUGGAGCAAGCUCUACAACAAGUGUCCAAGCUGAGAGAUGACCUAGAAAAGGAUGCAGGAAAUUGUAAGUGGCUCCAACAGUUCUUCUAGGUUAUCCCUGACUGAAGAUAAUCUCUUUUGUUCUUGGCUUGCAAACUCAUCUCCAUGCGGGAAAUGUCUUGAAUCGUUAAUAGCAAACAUUGCUUCCAGUCAUUUACUUCUCCGGUUUUGUCUCCCUAUGAUACAUUUAGCCAUCACUGCAGCCUGCAGGAGGUAGCAGACCUCUCUACCUCAUUGUAACCUUUUUUUUCCCUUGGCAUAUGGAGGUUAGUGUGUUGGUUCAUGUAAAUUGCUUGACCUAAUGUCGAAAUUUCAAAUUCAGUAAGAAAUGCAAUAGCAUAAU